UACGAAACAGCAAAAUCCACAUUUGCCAUGAAGGUCCUGGUUGCUGUCAAGCGCGUCGUCGACUACGCCGUCAAGGUCCGCGUGACGCCCACCGGCGUCGACCUCAACAACGUCAAGAUGAGCAUGAACCCGUUCUGCGAAAUCGCGGUCGAAGAGAGCAUCCGCCUCAAGGAGCAGAAGCUCGCGACCGAGGUCAUCGCGGUCUCGAUCGGGCCCAAGCAGGCGCAGGAGACGCUCCGCACGGCCUUGGCCAUGGGCUGCGACCGUGGCAUCCACAUUGAGACCGACAUGCGCCUCGACCAGGACCUCCAGCCGCUCGCGGUCGCCAAGCUCCUCGCCAAGAUUGUCGAGGAAGAAAAGCCCGAAAUCGUCGUCCUCGGCAAGCAGAGCAUUGACUCGGAUGCGUGCCAGACCGGUGGCUUCCUCGCCGGCCUCCUCAACUACCCGCAGGCCACGUUUGCGAGCAAGCUCACGAUCGCCGACAAGAAGGCCACGGUCACGCGCGAAACGGACGCGGGCGUCGAGACGCUCGAGUGCCCGCUCCCCGCCGUGCUCACGGCCGAUUUGCGCCUCAACCAGCCCCGCUACGCGACGCUCCCCAACAUCAUGAAGGCCAAGAAGAAGCCGAUCGCGACCAAGUCGAUCGCGGACCUCGGCGUCGACGUCACGCCCCGCAUCACGACCGUCAAGGUUGAGAACCCGGCGACGCGCAAGGCCGGCAUCCUCGUUCCGGACGUCGAUACGCUUGUCGAGAAGCUCAAGAACGAAGCCAGCGUCAUCUAGAUGGGUUGUUGCGUGUACCACUAACGACCGCUACAUCCAAUACGUGUCGAUCUGCA